CUUCCAUCUAAGUCUCUUUACCUGCUACAUCAGUAAUUUUAUUUUUUAUGCUUCUGAUUUGUAUAUGAGCACUGCUUUCCCUCGUAAUCAUUCUUUAUCUACAAAUUCACCACCGCCAUACGCACAACAAACUCUAAACACUGAAAGCUUCAUAAUUGCUAGCUCACUUCAUUCUCUCUCUAUUACAGGGAACACAAACGAUAUAAUAGCCACUGAGGCAACAGCAGAAAGAAGUAAUGCCGAACAAGAGCAACAUCACAAUCAAGAAGAACCACAGCGAUAUCAUGUAAAUGUAAACUCUUCUUCGUCUUCUAACCGACGUCGUCCCAAGCACAAUCGUAUAUGUUAUAUCUGUAAAAGCAGAAACUUACCACGUACAGCACAAGAUAUUGGACCUUACUUAAUCCACCGUUCACAGCCUACUCUUAUCUUGAUCUGCCCUUGCCUACAUAGAGUUCACCCCACUUGCCUCAAAGAAUUCGGAACGGCAGACUUUAUCUGUGGCCAAUGUAACUCUAUCUAUCGAUCGGGACGCUUCUUACGUAUUGCUCGUUGUAUCUGCCUCAUGUGUCAUUUACUCAGUUUAGCGUCUACAGUGGGACUGAUCUUCGGUCUAUCUUAUCUAGGCAGAGCUUUGGAUGAGCUUGGUUUAGGUGAAGAGUUUGGUCCCAAGUUGGACGGUGAUGAAACAUGGCACGACCAUGAAAUGCUUCAAAUUGUCGAAUGGCUGAAUAUGGUUCAUUUUGCAACAGGCGUUGCUGGAGAAGCGUUGCUAGGGUUAGUUUAUCUGUUAGGUGUAUGUCUUGUGAUAGGUCUAAACCGAACUUUGAUUAUGAUAUCGAAUAUUCUUUAUUUUCGUUUGGAUGCUCUUAUAAGGUUUCACUCGAUUCCAAAAUGGAUUGGGAUUGCAUUUGUAUGUUUUUGCUUGUUCAUACUUGGUCUGGUUUUGGGAACUUACUUACUGUUCUUCUCAUGGAUUUGGGCGAGUGUCUUACACCAUAUACGAAAACGUAUUUUUGAAUUCAAUAAGGAAGAUUUUCGCCAGCAUAGGGAGGAUAAAGAGAAAUCACUUCUUUGAGCCGUCUGUUAUAUGUACAUCGUCUAAGAUAUCCGGAUGUAAUAAUAGAGACCACUUCAAUUCAGACGUAUAUAAAUUACAAUUGUCUUGAUUUGCGAUCAGAAUAAAUGCUUUUACUUAAUCUUACCAUUUCCUUGUGUUUUGGAAGUUGUAUUCUGAUGAAAUGGAUUCAUAU